AUGCUCCGGGCAAGAUACCAUCCGAAUAUUGACAUCAUAGAGGCAGAGCUGGGGUACCGCCCAAGCUAUAUAUGGCGAUCCUUGAUCAGUGUGAAUGAGUUUCUUCGACAGGGGACCAGGUGGGUGGUUGGGAAUGGUACGUCCAUUCGAGUCUGGGGCGAUAGGUGGAUCCCAACGACCCUGGGUCUCUUUGUGUCGUCUGCCCCGCGAGAACUAUCGGUGACCGCCACUGUUCGCGAUCUGAUCAAGACAGACGAGGAGAUGUAG